AUGUCGUUCGAGGUUGGAACCCGUUGUUGGUAUCCAAAUGAUGAGCAGGGCUGGAUCGGCGGAGAGAUCACGAAAUUCGAAUCCGAAGGUGGAAAAUACCGCCUGGAAUUGACGUUGGAAGACGGCACUGUAGUGCCGAUUGAGACAGACUCACUUGUGUCUAAUGCAGAUGACUCUAAUAAUCGGUUGCCACAACUGAGAAAUCCUCCAAUUUUGGAGGCGACGGAGGAUUUGACCUCUCUAUCGUAUCUGAACGAACCGGCUGUCUUACAUGCCAUUAAGCAGCGUUAUGCGCAAUUGAAUAUAUACACAUACUCUGGGAUAGUGCUUAUUGCUACGAAUCCGUUUGAUCGUGUGGAUCAGCUUUAUUCGCAGGAUAUGAUUCAGGCUUACGCUGGUAAACGUCGAGGUGAGUUGGAACCACAUCUGUUCGCCAUCGCCGGAGAAGCUUACAGAAUGAUGAAGCACGAUAAAAAGAAUCAGACGAUUGUGGUCAGUGGUGAAUCUGGUGCAGGUAAAACAGUAUCUGCUAAAUACAUCAUGAGAUACUUUGCAUCAGUAGAAGAAGAAAACUCUUAUGCCAUGGAUAAUGUACAACACCAGGUAGAGAUGUCUGAGACGGAGCAAAGAAUUCUGGCGACCAACCCUAUAAUGGAAGCCUUUGGUAACGCAAAAACCACGAGAAAUGAUAACUCUUCUAGAUUUGGUAAAUACCUGGAGAUCCUGUUUGACAAGGACACGUCUAUUAUCGGUGCUAAGAUACGGACUUAUUUGUUAGAGCGUUCAAGAUUGGUUUACCAGCCCAGCGUGGAAAGGAAUUAUCACAUCUUUUACCAGCUUUUGGCAGGUUUGCCCCAAGCUCAAAAGGAAGAAUUGCAUUUGACCGAACCACAGGAUUACUUUUACAUGAACCAAGGUGGUGUCACUGAGAUAGCGGGAGUUAAUGACGCUGAUGAAUACAAAGUUACUGUAGAUGCAUUGACUUUAGUUGGCGUCUCUACCGAGACUCAACACCAGAUCUUCAAAAUUCUUGCAGCCUUAUUGCAUAUUGGUAAUAUCGAAAUCAAGAAGACAAGAACUGACGCUUCUUUGUCAUCUGACGAACCAAAUCUACAAAUUGCUUGUGACCUUUUGGGUAUAGAUACCUAUAACUUUGCCAAGUGGAUUACGAAGAAGCAAAUAACCACAAGAUCUGAAAAGAUUGUAUCCAACUUGAACUAUAAUCAAGCAAUUGUGGCAAAGGACUCUGUCGCAAAGUUCAUUUACUCAGCACUAUUUGAUUGGCUAGUAGAGAUUAUCAACACAGUUUUGUGCAAUCCGGAAGUCGCUGAUCAGGUCAGUUCGUUUAUUGGUGUCUUGGAUAUUUAUGGUUUCGAGCAUUUUGAAAGAAACUCUUUCGAACAAUUCUGCAUCAACUAUGCGAACGAAAAAUUACAACAAGAGUUCAAUCAACAUGUUUUCAAACUCGAGCAAGAAGAAUAUGUGAAGGAGGAGAUUGAAUGGUCUUUCAUUGAGUUUAACGACAAUCAGCCAUGUAUCAAUCUUAUUGAAAAUAAAUUAGGUAUUCUUUCACUCCUGGACGAGGAGAGUAGACUACCAGCGGGUUCUGACGAAUCAUGGACUCAAAAGCUUUACCAGACACUGGAUAAACCGCCCACCAACAAGGUGUUUUCCAAACCACGUUUCGGUCAGACGAAGUUUGUCGUUAGCCAUUAUGCUCACGAUGUUGCUUAUGACGUGGAAGGUUUCAUUGAGAAGAACAGAGAUACGGUUUCAGAUGGGCACUUAGAGGUUUUGAAGGCUACAAAGAACGAGACCCUGCAAAAUAUCUUACAGACACUCGAAAAUGCCGCUUUGAAGGUGGAAGAAGCCAAGAAAGUUGAACAAGAGCAAUCGAAGAAGCCUGGUCCGGCCGCCAGAACGGUUCAACGUAAACCUACGCUGGGUUCAAUGUUCAAACAAUCUUUGAUCGAAUUGAUGGAUACUAUCAACUCGACAAACGUCCAUUAUAUUCGUUGUAUUAAACCAAACAGUGAUAAGGAACCUUGGAAGUUCGAUAACUUGAUGGUUCUAUCCCAGCUUAGAGCUUGUGGUGUCUUGGAGACGAUCAGGAUUUCUUGCGCAGGUUUCCCAUCUAGAUGGACUUUCAGUGAGUUUGUGCUCAGGUAUUAUAUCUUGAUACCUUCUGAGGGAUGGUCAAAGAUUUUCAAUGAGGAAUCGACUACCGAAGAGAAUGUCAUUGAAGUUUGCAGAAAGAUAUUGGAAGCAACUGUCACUGAUAAAGAUAAAUACCAAAUCGGUAAUACUAAGAUUUUUUUCAAAGCUGGUAUGCUUGCAUAUUUUGAAAAGCUAAGGUCUGAGAAAAUUCAUCAGUCCGGUGUCUUGAUUCAAAAGAAGAUCAGAGCCAAAUAUUACCGCCAGAAGUACUUGGAGAUUUUGGAUGCUCUCAAAUCUACCCAGAAGUAUGCUCGAGGCUACGUUACGCGUCAAAAGGUCGACAGGCAGUUGAAAACACAUCUGGCUGUUCUACUCCAGCGCUUAUACAGGGGAUCCAAGGUACGUGCACAAACUUUUAACAUUCUCGACAGCAUCGUCAAAAUACAGUCUAAGGUCAGACAGCAAUUGGCUCAGAGAGAAUUGGAAGAAAAAAAUACUCGCAAAGCAGCCGUGGCAAUUCAGAGUAGGGUCAGGUCUUUCAAGCCCCGUAAAAGCUUUCAACGUUCCAGGAAAGAUACAAUUACUGUCCAGUCUCUCAUAAGAAGAAGGUUUGCCCAGGCUAAGCUGAAGAGCAUGAAAGAAGAAGCCAAAUCUGUUAAUCAUCUCCAGGAAGUUAGCUACCAACUCGAGAAUAAAGUCAUCGAGUUAACCCAGAACUUGGCCACGAAAGUCAAAGAGAAUAAGGAGAUGACAGCUCGUCUUUUGGAUUUACAAGAGAAGUUACAGUCAACUGGCGCCUUGCGCAAAGAACUUGAAUCCCAAAGAGAAGUACACGCUGAGGCACUCAAGGGACAAGCCAUCGAGCAUGACGCUCGCUACAAAGAGAUAGAGUUGCAGCUCAAAAUGUCAAAGCAAGAAGUUGAUGAUGCAAAGGAGGAGAUCAGAGUCUUAGCCGCUAAGCAUAAACAGAUUAGUGAAGAUGCUAGGGCACAACUUGAAGAAUUAAAUGGAACUAAAGAGGUACUGAACGAGGCACGCACUCAAAACUCUGAUCUCCAUGAUGAGGUCAAAUCUUUGAAAGAGGAAAUCACUCGUCUACAGAAUGCUAUGAAAUCGGGCGCAGCGUUCGCACAAACGCCCAAGUCGGUCAAGACGUAUAGCAUGAACGGCGGUCCUACCAACCCAUUGAGCUCUCCAGACCAGUUGAACUUAAUAUCUGUCAACGGUCACGCUGAUAACAUCCCCGUCACAGGUUUAGGCAUUGAAUUUGAUAAUCGUUCCACAAUGAGCACUUUAUCUCAAAUCAAUGAUGAGUUAUACAAACUUCUAGAGAAUACCAAAGUGCUGAAUGGAGAAAUCACAGAGGGGCUAUUGAGGGGUUUCAAAGUCCCAGAGACUGGUGUUGCCAUUCAACUAAGUGAAAGGGAGGUGCUAUACCCCGCCAGAAUCCUGAUCAUUAUUUUAAGUGAUAUGUGGAGAUUGGGCUUGACAAAGCAAAGUGAGGAGUUUUUGGCAGAGGUUUUGAAUACCAUACAAAAGGUCGUGCAAUCCCUGAAAGGUGCAGAUGUUAUCCCUGGUGGUGCAUUUUGGUUAACCAACGUUCGCGAGCUCUACUCGUUUGUUAUUUUCGCUCAGGAAUCAAUAUUAAAUGACGAGUCUUAUAACAAAGGACUGACUGAAGACGAAUACAAGGAAUACGUGGUGCUAGUUACAGAACUAAGAGAAGAUUUUGAAUCGCUAAGUUACAACAUCUAUAACAUCUGGUUGAAAAAACUACAAAAGGACCUACAGAAAAAGGCUGUUCCAGCAGUGAUCGUUUCUGAGUCAUUGCCGGGUUUCAAGAAUGAUCCAGGCAAGUUUUUAUCAAACCUUUUCGGAUCCAGCCCAGAGUAUAACAUGGAUGAUAUAUUGACCUUUUUCAAUAUGAUCUACUGGUGUAUGAAGUCUUUCCAUGUUGAAAAUGAAAUUUUCCGUGAGACUGUGUUGAUUUUGUUGAACUUUGUGGAUUCGAUCUGUUUCAAUGACUUAAUUAUGAGAAGAAACUUCUUAUCUUGGAAACGUGGGUUGCAACUCAACUACAAUGUGACAAGAUUAGAGGAAUGGUGUAAAACACACUUCAUACCAGAAGGCGCUGAUUGUUUGCAGCACUUGAUUCAAACCUCCAAAUUGUUGCAAUUAAGGAAAACAGAGCUAGAUGAUGUCAAGAUCCUGUGUGACAUUUGUACCUCAUUGAAGCCUGCACAGUUGCAAAAAUUGAUGUCUCAAUACGCGGUUGCAGAUUACGAACCACCUAUAUCAGAAGAAAUCUUGAACUUUGUCGCCGAAAAGGUGAAGAAAGGUUCUUCCUUGUCUUCGAACGGUAAGUCCGAAGUGCAUAGUGAGGAUAUUUUUUUGAAAGUACCAACUGGACCAUUCGAAGAUCCAUUCGUCGGCAUAGAGACAAGACAGUUCCGUAAAAUCGAAGCAUAUAUCCCGGCCUGGUUAAACUUGCCCACCACAAGAAGGGUCGUGGAACUUGUCACCGAACAAGUGUCACUCCAAGAAUCACAAGCAUUGCUGGAUACAGCAGAACAAGAAGUGCUCAAGACAUAA